AUGGCAGACGCUCAAAAGAGGCUGACCACAGAGAUGGAGGGAGUGUUUCGAUGGUUCCAGAUUGAGGUCCUGCAAGCCAUGCAAAAAAACGUCAAACUGGAUGAAGAAUAUAUUGCUGGCAGCCGCAGAGUCUAUGAAGUUGAAGUGAGAAAGCAGGCGAAUGCCCUGGAGAAGGAGCUGAGACGAGGCGCUUACAGAGAUUCUCUGGAAAACAGUGAGUACAUGCAGUUCCUGAGGCAGAGUCAGCAGGACAUCCUGAAGGAGGAGGAGCGGCGAUACCGAUUUGUGACCGAGAAGCACUGUGCCCUCACACAGUCCCUGCUCUUCUUCAUGAUGAAGACAGGCUCCGCCCUGCAUCAGAAAGCAGACGGGUGGAAGCAGAAGGUGAACGACUCCAAAAACUCUCGGCCCAAGACUCCCAUUAUUGUGGAUCAAGAAGCACAGCUGCAGUCGUCAGUGAGCUCUUUGCUGCAGACUGUAGCCCGAGAUGAGGACAUGUCCUGGGCAAAGCGGGAACAGCAGGCCUUGGGGAGAGUGCCAUCUAGAGCCCCUUCCCCUGUUCCGACCCGUGGCCGCUCAAGCUCAGUGGGGGAGUCUCUGGGGCUGGCCAGCGGCAGGAUCAUGAGGGCUGUGGUUUCACAUCCGUCUUCGUCCAACCCCAAACUCCUCCCCUUCAACAAAGGAGAGCUCAUCGUGGUCCUGGUGGAGGAGCCACGGAACGGAUGGCUCUACGGACGCACUAACAGCAGCCUGGGUCAGGGCUGGUUUCCUGCAGCUUAUGUGACAUCAGACGAUCUAUCCAUUCUCAACAGCCCAACUGCCAGAAGCCACAGUAUGAACAACCUGCUGGAGCCUUCUGAUGCCUCCGCCAACAACACACGCAGCCAGAGCCCAGAGGAGCGGCUCCAGGAUCCCCCCGCCUCAGCUGACACCGAGCCCACUCCCAGCAAGAUAUCCAGCAAAACUCUUUCUGCUCCAACUGCGCAGCACCUCCAGCCGGUGUCACCGGAGCCCUGCAAGAAGAGUGAGACCAUGCCUGAGACCCAGUGA